AUGACUACCUGGAUCUCCACCCACGGCAUCGGUGCCAUCAAGGACAGCACCUCCUCAUUCUCCAUCACCGCCGACAAGGGAUCCGCUCUCGUCAAGCCGACGAGCCCGAACGAGCUGAGCGGAUGGAUCCACUUCACCAUCCCCAGCCCUCCCGUCAACAACCCGAACCUCAAGGUCGUCGCCGUCGACUUUUCUUCCCAGUCGGCCAACGUCGAUGCUGUGGCCAUCUACCUUGCCAACUUGGUCAAGUUCAAGGAAGAGGGGCUCCAGAAGGGACAGUCUUUCUCCCUCACCAUCAACUCCGCCCAGGCUACCUACCAGGGCAAGGGAAUUUCCGUCUCGGUCCUCGUCCAGUUCGACAGCGUGGCCUCCAACCUCAGGUUCCACAUCCUUGCAGUUACCCUCUGCAGAGCUGAUAUCAAAGCGCGGCACAUUGUGAAGAAUGUGGAAAAGGUUGAUCCUAGUGGGAGACGUAGUAUUGCGAUACUUACGAAACCGGAUCUCAUAGCCGAGUAUGCAUCCAAGAAGGAAAUUGUCGAUCUGGUCAAUCAGGAAGAACCCUUCCUAGAAUGCUUCAUCGUCAGAAACCGAAAAGAAUGCGACCCUACCUCUGAUCUUGCCCAACGCAAUUACGUCGAGCGUGUAUUCUUCAAUGAAUCUCCAUGGGAUCAAUUGGACAAAGCCCGAGUUGGCAUCGGCUCGAUUCGAUCUCGGCUUCAAAAACUGCUUAUAGGACACACAGAACAGUACUUCUUUGAAGUCAAUGAGGAAGUGACAGCUGCCAUUGCGAAGAAUAAAAGAUUUCUGAAGUUAUUGGGUGAACCUCGCGUCGACACUGACAAGCAACGAACAUACCUUGUCCGCGCCGCUAUCCAGUUUUCAGACAUUGUAAGGCAUGCCUUAGAUAUGAAAAACAAUGAGCACCCGGUCUUGUCUCAAAACUCCCGGCUACAGCUUGCCGCUAACUUGCAGGAAAAUAAUGAAGCAUUUACCAAGAUGCUAUUUAUGAGAGGACAUCACUACAAGUUCAAAGGCGAAGAUGAUACAAACAAUUUCCAAGUGUCGCCAAUGUACCAGGGUUAUCUUUGCCGGGCAACUUAUCAAUAUCCUGAGUUACAGGGAUUACUUCAUGAACCAUUUCACUGUCUAGGUCCUUCUAAGGGAGAUCUUAUCGACUACAUUCAGCAGAUAUACUCGCCUUCCGCUAGAGACGAACUCGAUGUUUUUGGAAAUCCUAUACUACCCAUAGUAUUCAGAGAACAGUCAGAGAAAUGGAAUAAGAUUACUCUAACUUAUCUCUCAAAUGUCAUUUAUAUCAUCCACGAGUUCAUUUACACGGCUAUGAAGAUAGCCUCUCCGGAUGGCGUGGUACGACGUAGGUUUCAAAAAUUUCUCUCAAACGAUCUUCUUGACUACUAUCGUCGUGCCAUGAAGCAUACGGAAUUCCUCUUACAAAUCGAGUGUAAGGGUAAAGUAGCCACCAGCAACCCCCAUUUUUCAGAACUUCUGGCUAGCAACCGAGAAAAACGCCUGAAGCAUACGAUACUGGAAGACAACAAGGACACCUCUACAUCCACCAAACAAAGGAAUCAUGCUACGGUAGAAACUGAUGCCAAAACAGCCAUCACUGGAGUAGCGCUGCCUUCCACGGAGCAUAUUUACGGAGACGUGCACGAUAUAAUAAAGACGUACUACGAGAUAGCUCGUGCGCGUUUCCUAGACGGGAUUGAUCAACAAGCCGUCACUCAUUUUUUGCUAGAUGGCGAACAGAGCGUUUUCCAGUUGUUUACCCCCGAGCGAGUACUAUCUAUGACCAACGAAGAGGUGGAAAGCAUCGCAAAAGAAAGCCCCGCCAGCACGAAAGCCAGGGAGGAAUGGAAACAGGAGAUUAAAAGCCUGAAGAAGGCUCUCGAAGUUCUUCGCACCUAG